GUUUUGGAAUGUUGUGUUAAAAAUUGUGGUCAAUUAGUACAUGAUGAAGUUGGAACUAAGCCUUUUAUGGAACAAAUAAGAGAAAUUAUAAAAACAACACCACAUGAAAAUGUUAAGAACAAAUUACUAGAACUAUUACAGACGUGGGCGUUUGCUUUCCGAGCUAUUCCAAAAUAUUGUGCUGUUCAGGAUACAGUUAACAUAAUGAAAGCUGAAGGUUAUACAUUUCCUGCACUUAAAGAAAGUGAUGCUAUGUUCAGUUCAGAUGUAGCUCCUGGUUGGGAAGAUUCUGAUUGCUGUCAUAGAUGUCGUGUUAAAUUUGGAAUGGUUCAACGCAAACACCAUUGUCGUGCUUGUGGACAAGUUUUCUGUGCGCAAUGUUCAUCACGCUCUUGUACAUUACCAAAAUUUGGUAUUGAGAAACCAGUGCGUGUUUGUGAAGCUUGCUUUGAAAAAUCACAAAAACCUCAAAUAAAYAAAGGAUCAGAAGACUUACCUAUAGAAUAUCUUACCAGUUCUUUGGCUCAACAAAAUCAAAUACCAGCAGCUAAUAGGAAAACAGAAGAAGAACUAAGAGAAGACGAAGAAUUACAAUUGGCUUUAGCUUUAUCCCAAUCUGAAGCAGAACAACAAAAAGGGAUACCUUUUAUGAAUUCCACUUCAAUACCAGCAGCAAGAUUAUAUUCUUCACCACCAGUAACUGAAAAAAAGGUUGAGGUUGAGGCUGAAGAUGAUCCAGAAUUGGCACAUUAUUUAAAUCGUUCAUACUGGGAAAGUCUGAAAAUGGGAAAUAUAGCUAAAACAAUGCAAACGAAAAUGGCUUCWACAAAUAUGAAUACCAUUGAGUCACCAAACAAUGAAAUUAAUCCUGUCAUAAAUAAUGAACAACUUGAUGACUCUGAGGAAAUGGAAAUGUUUAUUACUUCCGUUAAAUCACAGUUAGAAAUUUUCGUUAAUCGUAUCAAAUCAAACUUAAGCAGAGGUAGAACCGUUAUUAAUGGUGGUUCAUUGGAGACAUUUUACUCAAAGAUAACACCUAUGCAUCAAAAGUUAUUGCAAUAUAUUCAACUACAAGAUGAGAAAAGGUUAUAUUUUGAAAGGUUGCAAGACAAAUUGGUUCAAGUUAAAGACACAAGGGCUGCACUGGAUGCGAUGAGAGAUGAUCAUAAAGCAGCAAUUCAACAAGAAGCUGCAUUUGCUGAACAACAGAGGCAGAUUCAGUUAGCUAUGAAAUUGGAUGUAUUGAGACAGAGAAAACAACAGUACCAACAAUAUCAACAUCAAAUGACUCUUCAACAAGUGCAACAACAAGAACAAGAAAUGGCUAUGAGAAUGGAACAUCAGAGGCAAAACUAUCUUAAUAGUAAUAUGUAUGGCCCUAAUUCUUUGCCAAGUGUUCCCACUGCACCUAAUCCUUACAUGUCACCUGGUCCUAGUAAGUAAUAGAAAUUUUUUAUC